AUGGUCAACAAUAGCCACUUUGGUGGAUUUAUACUCCUUGGAUUCCCAGGGCAGCCACAGCUGGAGAUGAUCAUCUCUGGGGUUGUCUUUCUCUUCUACACCAUUGCCUUGAUGGGAAACAUGGCCAUCAUCCUGCUGCCGUUACUGGAUGAACGUCUCCAGACCCCCAUGUACUUCUUCCUUAGGAAUUUGGCCAUCUUGGAUCUCUGUUAUAUCACAAAUAUAGUCCCACAGAUGUUGGUCAAUGUCUGGGGCAAAGACAAAAAAAUCUCUUUUGGUGGCUGUGCCUUUCAACUUUUCACUGAUGUGACACUAUGCACAGUCGAAUGUAUGCUUCUGGCUGUGAUGUCUUAUGACCGAUUCAAUGCUGUCUGCAAGCCUCUGCACUACAUGACCAUUAUGAACCCCCAACUCUGUCGAACCCUGGUGGCCAUGACCUGGGGAGUUGGUGUUACUAAUUGCAUGAUACUUUCACCCUAUGCCAUGAGUCUUCCCCGAUGUGGGAACCACCAUUUGGAUCACUAUUUUUGUGAAAUAUCUGCAAUGGUGAAGAUUGCGUGUGUGGACACCACAGCCAUGGAGGAAACCUUAUUUGCAUUAUGUUUUUUUAUUUUCCUCACACCACUCCUUCUCAUUCUAGUUUCUUAUGGCUUCAUUGCUAUAGCUGUGUUGAAGAUCAAAUCUGCAGCAGGGAGACAGAAAGCAUUUGGGACCUGUUCCUCCCACCUCAUUGUGGUGUCCAUCUUCUAUGGGACUGUUAUCUACAUGUACAUCCAGCCAGGAAACAGUCCAUCUCAGGAUGAAGGUAAACUUCUCAGUAUCUUUUAUUCCAUUGUUACUCCCAGCUUGAACCCCCUGAUCUACACACUAAGGAAUAAGGAGUUCAAGGGGGCCAUGAAGAGGCUGAUUGGAAAAGAAAAACUUUCCUUGGAAACAACAGGACACUAAUAUCUUUUUAUGAGAAGUUUCCAAUUAAGAAAUUCGUCCUGUGUAACAUACAAAUCAUUGCCAAAUUAUUUUAGUAGUACUCAUCACCUAAAAGUUAAAAUUAUACCUAAAAUGUUGCUUACAUUUUAGCAUCAAUGUCCCAAAUUACCAAGGGUUGAUUCUAAACCAAGUAUGUCUCUCAAAGUCACCAGUUAUCACCUUUGAUCAGUCAUCCCCACCUGCAGCCAGAGAGUAGGCUCUAUGGAGUCCAAGCAUUGUACUGUAGGGGAAGGAGGGAAGACUCUACCAAACUGGAUUCAAGUUAUAAUUUAUCAAAUAUCUUUAAAUUAUCAUGACACUUUAACAAAAAGAAAAAAGGUAAUGUUCUAACUAUAAGUUUUUACACUGACUCUACAAUUUGGUCGUGUGAAGACAAAAUCAUUUCUGUUCAGAUCUUAAAUGUUCCUGCCAUGUCUAUUUACUUUAAAAGAAUCUUAAUAUAUUAUGUAAACUGGCUAAAAUAUAUUUCUACUUGUAGCUGUUUUCUGCCUGAAUCAGGACUUUCUCAAACUUAGCCUGUCAAAAUAAAAUGUGAGAAUAAAUUGGA